AUGCCGACCAAAGAUCCUGAUAAACGUCGUAAACAAAAUUGUGAAAAUCAGAAACGAUGGCGCGAGCGGCAGACUCAUCAGCUUCACAAUUUGCAAGCAACCCUGGAAGAACGCAACAGGGAGGUUGAGAGUCUACAACAGCAGCUACGGUCUGCACUAGACCAAGUCAGAGGAUUACGGAAGCUCCGUACGGUGGACGAACAGCGGAAGCCUUCCCCAGCCAACACCAAUCGAUCAAGCUCUCAGGUUGCAGUACCACCAGAAUUGGCUCCGACAGCAUGGUAUAAUGCCCACACUCUAGCAGUCGACCGUGGCGUAGUCAGUUUCCCAAAUAUGCCAGCACUUUCGGCUUCCAGCUCGGCGAGCCCAGAAAUCGAGGAAGCCGUGGACGAUUGCGACGUAUAUAGACAAGGACCCAACAGCAUCUCGCAGUUGCAGUCGCAGUCGCAACCAGAGGUGUAUCCUUUCGUUGCUGGGAGGCUCGCAGUCAAUGCAGCUCUAGGAGAUAAUCCCAUCACACGCUCUGGAAACCUUGAUGCCAACCUAUUCGAUCACUCUCAUCAUGAGCAAUUUGGCCUCCGUCAGACUCCAGAUUAUCCGACUGAACAGAAUGACACUGAAGAUCCGGAGCAAACUAUGACAUUAUCGGAGAUGAUCCAAGAGAGCCUGGCAUUUCUUCCUUCUCAGAAGGUGCUGGAGGAACUGCCAUUCGAUCCUCGAUUUCUUUACGACAAUUUUGCGCCGAGUUUGAUGAUGGGGGGCAGUUCGGGUAUUGGGCAGCUCAUGAUGGCCUUCCCUGAUAAUUCUGCGUUGUCUAAACAUAUUUCAACCGUGCAGAUGGUCAUUUAUGGAAAUUAUACACUACUGCGGACCCAGCCACUAGCUUUCAAGGAGCGCGUUAUGGAAGAGACAUUUGCAUGGAUGAUACAUGAGGCAUGGCCCUCUAGCAGAGGCGCCCUCAAAAUGAUGGCUGCUUAUGAGAACAUCUUCGCAUACGAGCUUUUUCGCAACUUCCCUUGCAAGACCACCUACAGACGAUUGCAUCACUUUUACCGUCCCACACUUCUUCAGCUCUCUGUCCCUCACUCACCUGCCAUAGACUGGCUACCGUGGCCAGCUUUACGAAAUCACGUCAUCCUCUUACAGCAGAACAAUGUGAACAACAUCGACAUCGACGAGCUCUGCAUGAAAGCCUUAGAGUAUACCGUGAUCGAACCCGAACCAAGUCGGAAUAACGCAGAUUCUUCCUGGCCCGGGCUCACAGGCCAAGUACAAACGACUUUCAGGAUCUGGGACAUGUACCUCAUGGAGAAAGCUGAGGGUGGCUCCCCUGUAGACUCGCCAAUGAAGCAUUAUCCUGCUUCUCCAACUCUCCACAAAUUAUUAAACAUGUACAAGCUGCCCAUCCAAAAGAUCGAGAAUCUCCGAAUCGAUCAACCGUUUUACCAGGCAUUCCCCAAUCUGAUUCUGCCACCCGGUUGCAAGUCCACACUCCAGACAGCCUCGCUCAAUCCCAUUCCAGGAGAGCGAUUACAACCUCCCUUCGCCCUGCAACCUCAUGCAAUGCUUGAAUUGCAGCAAAAGAUUCAGUCCAUGGUAUCAGAGUAUAUGUGGGGCGCGUCAUAUGAUUGGAACAACCAAAGAGCGCCGCAAAGCGAAUUCACCUAA